AUGAAGGCCGCUCACAGCUUCGGGACAGAUCUCCUUGUGCUCUUAUUGGCUUUGUUCAGUUCCGCGGAGGGGUGGGGCGCGAUCAAAGUACACCAUCCUUCCCGCAACCGGAAAGCGUGGGUGCUGGCAAUACCGCUGGAAGAUGGAGUUGUCAGGGAGGUCGCGGAAGAGCUCGGCGCGCUCAACGCAGCACGUUCGAAAGAGCAGCAGUACGCCGGCGAGAUCAGGACCCACUUUGCAGUUCUCCUGCAGGUGGGAGAUGGCCGCUGCUUGUUGCUCGAGCGCCGGGGGGAGGGCGGCGUGACCGCUUCAGAUGUCCGCCCCUCCGAGGUAAAGCACAGGGCGGUGCGCAGCGAGGCAAGAGUGGCGUCCUCUCUGGAAGAGAUCGCUUCGGGUUUCUUCCGGAGGGAGAGCGGGCGGCAGUUCGACCUCGCCACCAACAACUGCCGGAACUUCGCGCACAACUUCUACCGCGAGUUUUGUGAGGACACGCCGUUCUCUGGUGCAGGCGGCGGCGGCGGCGGCGGCGGUGACGGUGAUGGUGACCAGAAUAAGAGCAACGUUGAGAGCUUCUGCCGCUGGGUAGAACAGAUGGACCGCAAGGACGGCUUGUGA